AAGCGACUCAACGCAAGCAGCAGUUCGGGCGGCGGGACUCGACUCGCUCCCCUCGGGUCCAAGCUUAACUUCCCCAGCUGACGUCAGCUGGCAGCCUUGGCACUACUCGCCGCUCCGGACAUAGCGUUGAGAAAAUGCUCCUCUCCGUACCGCCAAGGACAGGAAUCAAUCCAUACAACGGAUACAACAGCAGAAACAGUAAAAAGCAGGCAUAUGUGUCCUCCAGCCACCAGAUGGCUCCCCCGAGUCCCAACACCAACAGCAGCAGUGCCAGUAGUGCAGCGGGUGGAGAACAGCUGAGCAAAACGAAUCUCUAUAUUCGAGGCCUCCACCCAGGAACCACUGACCAGGACUUGGUCAAGCUCUGUCAGCCGUAUGGGAAGAUUGUGUCCACCAAGGCCAUUCUGGACAAAACUACUAAUAAAUGCAAAGGCUAUGGCUUUGUUGACUUUGACAGUCCUGCAGCUGCACAAAAAGCUGUAACUGCCCUAAAGUCUAAUGGGGUUCAAGCUCAGAUGGCUAAGCAACAGGAACAGGACCCCACGAACCUCUACAUCUCCAACCUCCCCGUGUCAAUGGAUGAGCAGGAACUGGAGGCCAUGCUGAAGUCCUUUGGCCAGGUCAUUUCCACACGUAUCCUCCGCGAUGCCAGCGGUACUAGCCGAGGUGUGGGUUUUGCAAGGAUGGAAUCAACAGAAAAAUGUGAAUCCAUCAUUCAACAUUUUAAUGGCAAAUAUAUAAAAACUCCACCAGGAGUACCAGUGCCGACGGAACCAUUGUUAUGCAAGUUUGCAGACGGGGGACAAAAAAAGCGGCAGAACCAGGGAAAGUACCUGCAAAAUGGUCGACCUUGGGCAAGAGACCCUGACACGGGAGGAAUGACACUAACAUAUGACCCAACAGCCUUACAGAAUGGGUUUUAUUCAUCUCCCUACAGCAUUGCCCCAAACAGAAUGAUUACUCAGGCCUCCCUGUCCCCAUACAUGCCUUCUCAAGUCCCAUCUUACCAGGUGCACAGUCCCUCUUGGAUGCAUCAUCAGUCAUACCUCAUGCAGCCAACAGGGACCGUUCUGACCCCAGCUAUGGACCACACCAUGUCCAUUCAGCCCACCUCCAUGAUGGGCCCUCUAACCCAGCAGCUCGGACACCUUUCCCUGGGGAGCACUGGCACGUAUAUGCCUGCAAGUACAACUAUGCAAGGGACUUACAUCCCACAAUACACCCCAGUGUCUCCCUCUAGUGUCCCACUAGAGGAAAACAGUGGACAACAACAACAGGUUCCCAUGGAAACUCCCUCAGAACACACAAAUUACUCGUACCAGCAUAGCAAAUGAAGCUAAGGAAAUGGAAAGAUUGAUACAUGUGGCCUUGGAUAAUGGAAAUGCCACAGAGAUUGUAGGGUUUCCAUUGAAGAGCAGUACCCAGAGAUAUACAUGGAUGACAAACGGAAAACAUCUUUUUUUUUUUUGCAGAAUAGAAAGUAAAAUCACUCAUCAUUUGCUUGGCUCUUCAAGAGCCACUCAACCAAAGGUGGGAGAUGUUGCAGAAAGAGCUUUAAUCUAUUUUGAUAACAAAAAGUGAAAAAAAUAAAUAAAAAUAGUAAUGAUAAUUCAUAAAAGGGUAAAGAAAGACACAGUGUGUUAUAUUUGGGCAUGCAACAGAAAUUCUUAUUUUUAAGAAAUAAUUUUGACUACCAGUAGAACCGAGGUAAAGAAAGUUAAAACACAAUGUGUCUUUAUUUUAUUUUAUUUUUGGUAAAAUAUGCAAGCUUUGGUUUUCUAUUUUUUGUUAAUUUGUUUUCUUUCAAUCAGAAGCAGUAAGGCAUUUUUGUACAGAUUAGGGUUAGGGUUCAGAUUAGGGUUCAGACUUGAACAAUGCAUUUUAUUUUGAAUUUGAUAUUUUAAUAUUUUUGACAAUAUAUCUUGAGCAAACCAUUUAAAGCCACUUCUUCAUCAUCCCAGUUUUUCUAAAAACAGAAUUUUAGAAAAUGUGACUAUAUAACUAGUAUCACAAUUUUAUUUAUUAUUUUUUAAUUGCAAAAGACAAUCAUUAUUUAUUUAUAAUAUUUGGUCGUUUUAAUACAAAUGAUAGAAUAAUUUAAUUGGCAUUAAGUCUUCAGGUUGUCUUAUAUAAUAAAGAUUCCGAAGAGAUAAACACAUUCUCAGUCUGAAGCAGUCAUCAGGUCAACAAACUAGAAAAAUUCUGCAAACAAAAAAUUAGCUCAUAUGAUGAAGUAAAUAUAUUAAUUCCAAUGUUUGAACCAACCUGCCCUACAUUAUAAUUCACAAAUACAUACUUGCAAUAUAAUUACACAUUUAAUUAUCUGGAAAAACGUACCACAUGAUGCAAAACAGGUGUUUAAAGUUAUUGAAAACAGCUGUGACUUGCUGUCACUCUAAAUCAAAGUUGUUUAUUUUGCAGAAAAGCAAUAUGAGCAGUGAAUGAUUGUCAGUAGACUCUUGGAGUGUGUGUUGUAACUGCAAUACUAACACAUUGUUUAAUUAAACAAAUUUGAAUUAAAAAUGCACAAACUCAAAAAGCUAAACAGAGGAUCUAAAAUCACUUUUAUUCUCUGUUUAGAAGUGACUUUAAGUGGUUUUAAUUUUUCUAGCUGCCCAAAUGUCUCAUAAAAGGUUCUGUUAACAUAUUAUGAUGAGGCCUUCACAUCACCUUACUAGUACCAUCAUAGUGUUAUAUAAAAUGUGUGUCACAAUACGCUGCAACAGCAAUGUGUUUGAUUCUGAUAUAUAUGAGCCGACUGAGUUGUAUUAGGCUUUUUGUGAUUUUAGUAUGCAUAGGACAAAUGGCCUCUGCAGGUAAUGUGUUAUCUGGACUUUAUUUGUGUACAUUAUAGAAACGGAACUAGACAUGUCUAAGAUUUCGGUGCUGGGUUUUUCAUUAAUUGUGUGCAGAAAAAGAAACUUGGUUCAGGAAAAAAAGACCGUUAAGAUAUAGGAGGAGCUUUCCUUCAAAGCAAAACAGGGAUAUGACGGGAUGGGAGUUAGCUUUCUUCACAGUGCUGCUGUUUUCUGUAUUUUUGUACUGUUUUCUGGUGAUUUUUAAUAUGUCUAGUAUGUUUUUGUUUUCCAGUUGAAAAUUUGGCUGUAAUGUCACAUUUGGGCAGACCUUUUAAUUGUUUUUAUCCUCUCUAUUUUUAAUAGAUAAUAUUAACCUUAGAAAAGGAACUUCUAGGGCAGCGUUCCGUUUUCCUGAAUGAAUAUGAAUCUUUAAGAAAUGUGUUUUCAUUUGCAUUAUUUUUUGCCACCCAGACACAUUUUGUUUAUGUUCACUGGUCUUCCUGUGCUGUUAUAUUUGGCUGAUUAGUCCCAGGUUUCCCUCAAAAGCUAUGAAAAAUAAAAGGCAUCUAUGAUAAUCAAAAUUAUGUGAUAUAAUGCCUUCAUAAUGGCAUCUAAAUAUGAUGUAAGGGCUUACUGUAUAAAACACUAAGAGCCACAGUAUGUAGGUUCCCUUCAGAGCAGUGUCUUCAAAGUAACAUCAAAGGCCAUGCCUCUGUGUUACUGUUUAUGAAUGUAAAUACCAAUUAUUUGCUUCUAAAAGCGAAUCUAAGAAGUUUUGUAUACAAAAAAUAACUGUCAGCGGUCAUCAGUAGUAGUAAUAGUAACCCUUUCUUUUAGAACCAACUGAAAAUUAAGCUCAUAGAACAAAGUGUUUGGCAUUAAAAUUACACUGAAAACACAAUGCUAUAAUUUGAAUAUUUGAACUCUCAGUGGUUGUGUGAGGAAAAUGUUUUUGUUGUAGUUAACUAUAUUUCCUCUAGAAUUUUAUUUAUAUCUGUUACCAAAGAUAAAGCCAUCCACUAGAAAGCUGUAUAGUGAUUUCAGACAAGAUUCUUUUGAAGAAAGCAGGACAUAAGUUUUUAAAGUCAGUAGCUGAUUUUAAUCCAGUUAGAAUUAAGCAGCCAUUUGAAUUUUUUAAUGUGAGCCUGGUUUUCCAAAAGUACUACAAGUGGAUCUUAACCUUAUAACCCUUCUGGGAAAUCUGUGUGUAACCUCAGACAGUGAUCUUGGGUUGAAAUCACCGCACAAGAUCAGGCAGACCCCCCCUAAUCUUGUUUUUGCGCUGUUUUACUUUUUUUUUCUUCUUUCUAUUUCUAUUCUUAUUUUUAUAUUAUUUGUCAAUGUGACUUAGUUGUUUGUUCUGUGUGGAAAAUACUAAACAUAUUCACAGGUUAAAACAAGGAGUUCACCUCAUGAAGGAAUGAAUAUGGGUUUUAUCAUAUAAAAGCUGAAAUGUAUAAGUUGUCACUACAAAUCCAAAACAUAAAAUAUGGUUUUGAAACUAUGAAAUGACAAAUUCUUACAUUACAGUGUUGUUUUUAAAUCAUGUUUUUACAUUUUUAUACAAAUUGUUAUUUAUUGUUUUCCACUUUGAAAUAAGAUAUUAAAAUAUGUAAAUUAUCUGAGAUUAUAACUCAUUUUUAAUCUUUUUAAAAAGAUAGAUGUGCUUUGUAGGGUAUAUAUUGUGUUCGCACAGAAGGCCUAGAAGCAUAACGAAACAUUUUUCCAAAGUUAAAUUCUCUAUGUUUAAAAGGAAAUGUAAAAAUACCAUCAUUUUAGUUUUUAGCCUCUAAUGAUCUUUUGCCCUGAUCAUUAGCCUCUUUUUUGUAUGCAUUUCCUGAGCAACAGUACCAAAAUAUUGUGUUGGUGAAUGGUCAGAUAUAGACUUAUAGAAUUAUAAAUUUUCUUUAAUUUAACUCAAUACAUCAGGAAAAGCCAUGAGGCAGCACAUAUUAUUUACAAUUGAAUACAGCUAAAUUAAGCUAUUUUUAUUCUAGGUAACAGUGCAUAGGAUAGUAUUGUUUAAUUCAGUGUAGAUUGAAACAAGUUUGUCCAUUUAUUAAGAAUAGAAAUCAGAAGUUUUUGUUUUGUUUAAACUAUAAAAUCACUGACAUGUUAUUUUUGUUCUUGCCUUGUACAGCUUAUUUCAUAGUUUCAAAACAUUUGGCUGCUAUAAUGGGAGCAGUUCAUUAGAUAAAAGCCAUGCAGUCCAGAACACCUAAAAGAAUACUAACAAAAUUAUAAUUCAAACCUGCAGAAUUCAGAGUUUUAAAAAUGUGCCUCAGAAUAAAUAUAUGGUGUAUGACCUCCAAAUCUAUAAAACAAGGGUUAGGGUUAGGGUUAAUGUGUAUUUGUUUAAAGGGUUAGGUUAGGAUUAGGAUAAAGGUUAGAUUAGGGUCAGGGUUAGGGUUAGGGUUAAAGUGUAUUUCUGCAAGUUUUGUACUAGUAUACUAUUGCCUUUUUAGAGUUAUAAAACAAGUUAUAGAAAACAGACCAGUGUGAGUAAAAUACAUGCCUUAAGUUACUAGUCUUAUAAUGUCAUGUCCUGUAGAUCUCAAUUUUUUAAAUCAUAAAAGUAAUUUCCAUAUUAAAAUUAAGUAAAAUAUUAGAAUAAAGAUAACAUGUUUGUAUUAAGAUUGAAUUCGGACAUGUUUUGAUUAUGUAUACAAAUAUGCAAUUUCUGUGAAAUCUCUAAUCAAUAUAUUUUCAUAGCAUAACUCACAAGUCUCUUCAGCUUAGUUGUAUUGGGUUGGGAGAUUUAAAAAUGAUUAAACACUUUCCCAAACCUUGGUAGCUGCCCAUAAACUCAGAAUUCAUCAGGUUUGAUUUAUCUAUCAAUCCAGCAUUUUGAUUAUUGAACAAAUAUUUGGCUUGUCUCUUGAACUGCUUUUUAACAUAUUCCUUAUUUAUAAAUUAAUUCAUUUUGUACAGUUAGCGGGAGCAGAGGCGUUUUCACAUAUUGGUUUUGUAGGAUGUUAGCUGGUGUAGCUAGCCAGCAAGUUUGUCUUCCUGUGCCACAAUUGAUGGUUUUCUGUUACUCAGUUUUUUAUGAAAACUUCUUUCUUGGUUUUUCUCUUUUUUUGAAUUUCAUCUGUUAAUUUUUCCCUUUUUUAAUAAAAAUGUUUCACUAUGUAGAUCUCAAUCCAUGACUUGUCAGCAUAGAUCUAGA